GGAAGGGGAGCCGCGGGCGGGCCGGGGGCGCGCAGCCAGAAUGUUUUGAUAGAGGGCGCGCGCGGCCAGGGGAGCGCGCGUGCGCCGGGGCCGCGCGCCGGGUUGUCCGCUGUUGGGAGCCUAGCCCCCGGCCUGGGGCCGGGCGACCCUGGGGCACUCUGUGCUCAGGUCGAGGUGGCUGGGAUUGGGGAGGCAUCCCAGCCCACCAGGGAUAUCAGCUGUAGGUCUGGCUCGACCCCUCCACCAUCCACAGACACCCCUGAGCACAGGCCCUUCCUGGGGAGAUCCAUGGGCCCUGGGUCUACAUUGACCAGCAGCUGUCCAACCAGGGCAUCCAGGACUGGCGUGGAGCAGAAACUGUCCAUGGAGCUGGUUAACAAGGUGGACAGGGGGCUGCGGUGAUGGCACAGUUUGACACUGAGUACCAGCGCCUAGAGGCCUCUUAUAGCGAUUCACCCCCAGGGGAAGAGGACCUGUUGGUGCAUGUGGCUGAGGGAAGCAAAUCACCUUGGCACCACAUCGAAAACCUUGACCUCUUCUUCUCUCGAGUUUAUAAUUUACAUCAGAAGAAUGGCUUCACAUGUAUGCUCAUUGGAGAGAUUUUUGAACUCAUGCAGUUCCUCUUUGUGGUUGCCUUCACCACCUUCCUGGUUAGCUGUGUGGACUAUGACAUCCUAUUUGCCAACAAGAUGGUGAACCACAGCCUUCAUCCUACUGAGCCUGUCAAGGUCACUUUGCCAGACGCCUUUUUGCCCGCCCAAGUUUGUAGUGCCAGGAUUCAGGAAAAUGGCUCUCUCAUCACUAUCCUGGUCAUUGCUGGUGUCUUCUGGAUCCACCGGCUUAUCAAGUUCAUCUAUAACAUUUGCUGCUAUUGGGAGAUCCACUCCUUCUACCUGCAUGCUCUGCGUAUCCCAAUGUCUGCCCUUCCAUAUUGCACAUGGCAGGAAGUGCAGGCCCGGAUUGUGCAGACCCAGAAAGAGCACCAGAUCUGUAUCCACAAGCGUGAGCUGACAGAGCUGGAUAUCUACCAUCGCAUCCUGCGUUUCCAGAACUACAUGGUGGCCCUGGUGAAUAAGUCCCUCUUGCCCCUGCGCUUCCGCCUGCCCGGGCUCGGAGAGGUUGUCUUUUUCACCCGAGGCCUCAAGUACAACUUUGAGCUGAUCCUCUUCUGGGGUCCUGGCUCUCUGUUCCUCAAUGAAUGGAGCCUCAAGGCUGAGUACAAACGUGGGGGCCAGCGGCUUGAGCUGGCCCAGCGCCUCAGCAACCGCAUCCUGUGGAUCGGCAUUGCCAACUUCCUGCUGUGUCCCCUCAUCCUCAUCUGGCAGAUCCUCUACGCCUUCUUCAGCUAUGCCGAGGUGCUGAAGAGAGAGCCUGGGGCCCUGGGAGCGCGUUGCUGGUCGCUCUAUGGCCGUUGCUACCUCCGCCACUUCAAUGAACUGGAACAUGAGCUGCAGUCCCGCCUCAACCGAGGCUACAAGCCUGCCUCCAAGUACAUGAAUUGCUUCUUGUCACCACUGCUGACGCUGCUGGCCAAGAACGGCGCCUUCUUCGCCGGCUCUAUCCUGGCUGUGCUUAUUGCUCUCACUAUCUAUGAUGAAGAUGUGUUGGCUGUGGAACACGUCCUCACCACCGUCACACUUCUGGGAGUCACAGUGACUGUGUGCAGGUCCUUCAUCCCAGAUCAGCACAUGGUGUUCUGCCCUGAGCAGCUGCUCCGAGUGAUCCUUGCUCAUAUCCACUACAUGCCUGACCACUGGCAGGGUAAUGCCCACCGCUCGCAGACCCGGGACGAGUUUGCCCAGCUCUUCCAGUACAAGGCAGUGUUCAUCUUGGAGGAGUUGCUGAGCCCCAUUGUGACACCUCUCAUUCUCAUCUUCUGCCUACGCCCACGGGCCCUGGAGAUCAUAGACUUCUUCCGCAACUUUACUGUAGAGGUUGUUGGCGUUGGAGACACCUGCUCUUUUGCUCAGAUGGAUGUUCGCCAGCACGGUCACCCUCAGUGGCUGUCUGGAGGGCAGACCGAGGCCUCAGUGUACCAGCAAGCUGAGGACGGGAAGACGGAGCUCUCGCUCAUGCACUUUGCCAUCACUAACCCCGGCUGGCAGCCACCUCGGGAGAGCACAGCUUUCCUGGGCUUCCUCAAGGAGCAGGUUCAGCGAGAUGGAGCAGCUGCUGGCCUCACCCAAGGUGGUCUUCUCCCCGAGAAUGCCCUUUUCACAUCCAUCCAGUCCUUACAGUCCGAGUCUGAGCCCCUGAGCCUUAUUGCAAAUGUGGUAGCCGGCUCAUCAUGCCGGGGACCCCCACUGUCCAGAGACCUGCAAGGCUCUAGGCACAGGGCUGAGGUUGCUUCUGCUCUUCGCUCCUUCUCCCCUCUGCAACCUGGACAGGCCCUUCAAGGCCGGGCUCCCAGCACCAUGACAGGCUCUGGAGUGGAUGCCAGGACAGCCAGCUCCGGGAGCAGCGUGUGGGAAGGACAGCUGCAGAGCCUGGUGCUGUCAGAAUACGCGUCCACUGAGAUGAGCCUCCAUGCCCUCUAUAUGCACCAGCUCCACAAGCAGCAGACCCAGGCCGAGCCUGAGCGGCAUGUAUGGCACCGCCGGGAGAGUGAUGAGAGUGGAGAGAGUGCCCCUGAAGAAGGGGGAGAGGGUGCCCGGGCACCCCAACCCAUCCCUCGCUCUGCCAGCUAUCCCUGUGCUACACCCCGGCCUGGGGCACCCGAGACCACCGCCCUGCAUGGGGGCUUCCAGAGGCGCUACGGGGGCAUCACAGAUCCUGGCACAAUUCCCCGUGCUCCCUCUCACUUCUCCAGGCUGCCCCUGGGAGGAUGGGCAGAAGACGGGCAGCCAGCGUCAAGACACCCAGAGCCCGUGCCAGAGGAAGGCUCGGAGGAUGAGCUGCCCCCUCAAGUGCACAAGGUAUAGACAAGGCAGAAGUGGGUCCCCGUGCUCCAGGAUGGAGGCAACAGCUGCCCUGCCAUCCAUCUGCCUGCCAUG